AUGGCUCCUGUCCUCACCAUUCGAUCUUCAGAGCAGGAGAAUACGAAUGUAACUUCACGAAGUUGCAAAGAAUGUCGUCGACGAAAAUUGAGAUGCGACAGAAAGAUACCAUGCUCUAGCUGUGUGUCGAGAGGAUUAGAAGACCUCUGUCCCGAUGGCAUCGUCAAUACGAAGACAGUGCAACUACGUGCAGAAGUCGAUCGGCUACAACAGCGCAUAGAAUAUCUGGAGACUAAGCUAGGAUCCAAUCAGGCUGAAAACCAGCACCGACCGUUUCCAUCCAAUUCCUCACUCAUCAGUCCAUCAUCUGUCAGCACCUACACCAAUCACCCUGAUGAUCAACCGAAUGCAUCUUCUUCCAAACAAGGUCGCUCUGAUGAACCAUGGACCCCGGCUAUGGGAACCUUGGUCGUGGAUAGGUCGGGUCGCGCCAGAUAUGUGGGAAGCACUGCAGCUAGUGAAUGGUUGAAUCAGGGCCCUGAAGCAGCUCACAUGACCGAAACCGACCUCGUCCACCUUCCGUACCGGAGUAAUCUGCAGCAGCUCGCCAAUUUCCCACUUCGCACAGCUUCGUCUUCUGUUUAUCCUUUUCUGCAUUCUUUGCUACCAUCUCGCGACAGAGCAGAAGUGUCGUUGGAUGCUUACUGGUAUCUUUAUGCUUUCAACUACAAUGUUGUACCUCGAGAAUCCCUGGAAUCGUACUUCAAUCAUAUAUAUAGCAUGAACCCUGCAGAUGGUUGGAGCCAGGAGACUCAUCCUCACAAGUUGGCACUCAUCUUCACCGUAUUGGCCAUUGGCAGUCUAGUCAAUCCCGACUCAGAUACGGACAAUUUUGAAGAGUCAGAGACCUUUCUGGACGCUGCUGAAGUCGCAUUGUCGAUAUCCAACUUCAUGAAAGAUCAUACGAUCGCGAGCGUACAAGCCUUGCACAUCAUGGCCAAUUUCCACGUUUACAGUGACCGGUUGCGAGGUGGAGACAGAGCUUGGCCAUUGGGUGGAUUAGCCAUGAGGAUUACACAAGCGAUGGGAUUACAUCGAGAUGGAUUGAAAUGGGGCCUGCCAGAGGAUAUCAUUGAGGAACGUCGCCGACUAUUUUGGGACAUUCAUACCGAAGAGACCUUUCAGGCACAUUGUUUCGGCAGACCUGGUGGCUUGUCAUCGCGCCAAUUUGAUGUGGAGUGCCCCAAAGAUGAUGCUCUUCUUCCUUUUUCCACCAUCCGUUACCAGCUUGUGAGAAUAUCGAGCGAUGUCCUUGAUCAGGUCAUGGUAGUCGAACCCCCUGCCUAUUCCAUAAUCCUACAUUUCUACCAGCAGUUUGAAGCUUUGGAAGCAACGUUACCCGAAAGUGUCAGAUGGACACCGGCUACAACGGCCUCACCUUCUGCCGAUCUACCGUGGGCUUCAACACCUGCCGAGGAGAAGAAGGCUUUACUCAUCAAUUUGAAGCAACACCUACUAUGUCUGAACAUCAACGAAAGUAUCCUCUUUUUGAUGCGAACUCAUUUCGCUCGAUGUUUGCGAGAGAACCCAGACGAUCCGUCUAAAGGUCGUUAUCGCAUUGCCUUUGAGUCGGUUUUCGCACGAUGUCAGACAAUCAUUGCAAUCGCCCGAAGUCUUUACACUCUGCAUCCGCGGAUAGCAUUGGCACAAUGGUUCUUCUGGUAUCACGCUUGUUCUGCCGCAGUCUGCAUGGCAUCGAUACCUAUGAUCGCUCCGCUAUCACCCUUCGCUCUUCAGGGAUGGCAUGAACUACAAUCAGCUUGUCGGCUGUUCUCCGCGUUGGGCCAUCAAAACAAAUCAAGCAGGGCCAGUCUGGCAUUACUCUUACGUCUGAGAAAAUCAGCUUUUGACAAGAUGUCCGGAGACCGAUCUUUUGCAUCGAGUGGACCUAGCGGACUGACAAACAUCGUCCCCGGGUCUGUUGACGGCAGUCAUGGAGAAGAAGCGGAUGAGUCCUCGCAUUUGAUGGGACUUCACACGCGGUUGAUUGAACGCCGAAGUAUGGCGCCAACCAGGUCCAGAGAGGACCUCGGCGGUGUUCCUACUGGUAUGAGAUUGCCUGUGCCUGAAGUAAGAUCUCCACUCGAGCUCGAUAAUAGCUGGCAACCAUCUUUUCCCAGUAACGUGGUCAACGAAUCUGAGCUGCCUGCCUUUUCCUUCGACAUCAUGCCUGGAAAUGGUGAUGAACCCGACAAUCCAGACCAAGCAAUGCCGCUCAAUUUCGAUCUUGACCACACAUCGCUCGCCUUCCUUAGCUCCAUGAGGCCAGAUGCUGAUCAGCUUGGCGCUCUCCCCCUGGACACUCAACUGGAUUGGAAUGAUAUAGACUUCUGGCUCGGCCCAGGAGCCGAUACCAGUCAUGAGGCCGUACCGGAACCCUUCUUGAACGAUCAACCGACGUAG